UUCCGUGACAGGGCUGUGGUGUGAGUGAGCCGGGCUGCGGGCUUCAUGCUGGCUGAGACGCUGUCGCUCGCUUUCUGAACAUCUCCGGACAAUUAGUUUGAGUUCUGUGGACGCGCAGAGUCCGCAGGCUACUUCCGGUUCUGUGAAAGCCUCAACAAAGCAGCACGAUGCGAGAUGUUCACCUGAGCAAUGAGACGUGCACAAACGGGUCAGCGGUGAGGCUGUGGUGUGGCUCUCAGUUCACAGUGUGUUUGGUCACUGGAGAAACGCUGAUUAACACACACCUGAGCAACGGCACACAGACAGAUGUACAGUCAAACAGCACCUACAACCUGUGGCUGGGCCUGACCCUCGCCCUGCUGUCGGCCUUCUUGAUUGGUGGGAGCGUCAUUCUCAAGAAGAAAGCCCUCCUCCGAUUGGCCAACAACGGACACACCAGAGCAGGUGAAGGAGGCCAUGGCUACCUGAAGGACUGGCUUUGGUGGGGAGGCCUGUUAACCAUGGGAGCAGGAGAAGUCUGCAACUUUGCCGCCUACAUGUUCGCUCCGGCCACGCUGGUGACUCCGCUGGGCGCUCUGAGUGUCCUCAUCAGUGCAGUUCUGUCCUCCUACCUGCUGGGGGAGGUGUUGAACAUUGUGGGGAAGCUCGGCUGUCUGCUGUGUGUGCUGGGAAGCAUCCUGUUGGUUAUCCACGCCCCACAGGAACAGGAAGUGACGUCACUACGGGAGAUGACCAACAAGCUGCUGGAGCCUGGUUUUCUGGUCUAUGUGGCGUUGGUGUUGGUGCUGUGUGCGGUGCUCGUGCUGUAUUGCUGUCCUCGUUUUGGUCAGUCCAACAUCCUCGUCUACAUCGGCAUCUGCUCGCUGCUCGGUGCGUUCACUGUCUCCUCGGUGAAAGGCCUCGCCAUCGCCAUCAACACAGUGUUUUAUGAUCUUUCCGUCCUUGCUAAUCCUCUCACCUGGAUCCUGCUGGUGACGCUUAUUGUCUCCAUAGUAACACAGGUAAACUACCUGAACAAGUCUCUGGAUAUCUUCAACACCCUGCUGGUUUAUCCCAUCUACUACGUCCUCUUCACCUCCGUGGUUCUUUCCACCUCCAUCAUCCUCUUCCAGGAGUGGAGGAGCAUGUCGGCCAUCGACGUCGUUACAACUCUGGGAUCCUUUGUGGUCAUCGUGGUGGGCGUGGCCAUGCUGCACCUUUUCAGAGAGCUGCAGAUGACGAUGAAGGAGCUGACCAUUCAGCUUUCACAGCCAGUGGAGAGGGAGGAGCUUAACCAGCAGGUUGUAACCAAUGGAGGAGGAAGGAGUAAAAAAGAAGACAAGUACGGGCUGAUGGACAACAUGGUGAUCGAGAGCCUUCCCCCGAUGAGAGAGGAGGGACCGAGAGUCUUCAUCAUCAGCUGAGGAGGAAGAGGAGAAGGAGACUCAGGUUCAGACUUCGCUCUGACUGUUACUGUAAUGAUCUGCACUUUAAAGAAAGUUUUAUAAGGGCCUCCAGUCUGACGGCGAUCCAGCUCACACUAAACUCACUGUUACUCUUCAGAUUAUCACAAACUUGACUUUUAGAUAAAUAUGAAAGAUCGUUACUGAAAACAGAAGCUGACUUUUAGUCCAUUCCACCUCUCUUUGCUUUAGCAGCGUCUCUUUAAAUACAAAGAGCCACAAAAUGCAAAAAGAUGCAAAACAGCGGCUGAGAUACAAAAAGCAGUAUAAAUACUGCCGACUGCCCACAGACAUGUAAAAAUAACUCUGAGCAGCUGUUUCCCUGCUGCUUAGUGUUGAGUAAAUGAAGGUCAAUGAAUGAAGUUACUGCAUAUCAGAAACAAUAUUUUUCUGCAUUUACGGCCAAGUUCAGCGUCUGAAAACUCGAAUGGUGCCUCUGUGCAGGCGUUACGGCUGAUGUCGUUGUUUUUGCAAACAAAUCCACGAAUAGAGGAAAACCGGCCGUCUGUGAGACGCUCCGAGCUCGGACGCUCCUCGUUUUAAAGCUCAGUGACCGAGCUGGUCAUCGCCUCUCAGGUGUUUAAGUUGUGGACGUGUGAUGCUAUCUGACACUGAGCUCUGAAUAAGUGAUGAUGCGCACAGAGCAAGCAGAAGUGUGGCGUGUGAGAGAAUCUGUUUUUAUUAAAUAUGAAACUUCGGGUGUGUCUUCAUCAGAAAUUAUUUACUUAGAGAUCAACACACUCGAGGAGAUUCUCAGAAUCAGAGCAGCUGUUCUGUGAGUUCUGGCCUCUGAGUCUAAUCAUUUACAUUCUGUAUUCACAGGAAAUUUCUAAAUUUGAUCCUGAUGUCAGAUGUUUGUGUGUUUCUGAGUUUCUGUUGCUCCCCCAAAAAACUCUUAUUGCAUCAAGUAAAUCAUGCAACAUUUCAUCAGAAGCACAUAAUCCCUGUUGUUCACCCGUCUGUGGCUGUGAUGCUGCACAAACCACCACCAGACUUCUUUAAAUCCUCUCACUGUCUCCCCCUCCUGGCAGUGACAGUAAUUACACAAACACUGCUUCUACUUUUUUUUUUUCCUUCUGAAUAUUAAGAGCUCCGCCCACACGCUGUUCAGAGAAAUGUUUUAAAGGGAGAGUAACCGUGGCAAUAAUACGUCCACAUCAUUUUAUUCACUCUUUAAAAACUCAUUUUUAGACUGAUGACACAUUUAAAAUGUAAUGAUGAUUAAACAUCUGCUCACAUCUUAAAGCUGUCUGAAUGUUUCCACCACUUUUAUUUCUUUUUAUCUCCCGUUGUCGUUGUUAGUGAGCGGAAGCGUUUCUCUUUCGUUUCAUGAUGAAAGGUUUUCUGAUUGAGUGCUGGAUCCUGUCAGACUAAAGGCCUCUGAAACCAGAGACACUUUUGUUGUUUUGUAUAAAUUUCUGUUUUUAAAUAUUGAAGUAGAAACAAACUCCGAAUGUUAGCCGGGUCGCUCCUCUGCGGGGCGACAUGUGCUCUCUGUCUUUUGAACUCCUCUCUGCUGACGGCUGACAUCAAUGAAGCAGACAGACAAGGUGUUUGCGACCGUCACUCAGUGUGUGCUUUAACUUUAACGUGGCGCUCUGUCAUUCAGUAACCCCAGCGUUUAGUUCUCCUCCUGUGGGGAAACUUCUGAGGUGUUCUUGAAUGCCUCGUUGUGCAUACGCUGCCUGAUGAUCCGUGAAGCUCUUGCUGCUGAAGACGUUUCAGCUCGUGAUGCUCAGAAGAACAAAUCUCCAAACGCUCUGAGUGUUCUGAUACAUGAACUCUGAUAAAGGGACAUACCACUGCUUUUUAUAAUCAGGUUUUAUUGUUUGUAUUUAUUGAUUGUUUUACUAUGAACACACUUUUCUGAUUGAAAUGUUCGGAGAACACAAAAACAAUAAAGAACUGUGACCAAA